AUGAAUUUUUUCGUACAUAAGGCUCCUUUUGAGUAGAAAUAUGACCGACCACAUACCUCCAACAACGUAGCUAAAAAAUCAUUAAAUUAGGGAGGAAUGCCAGCUGGAUCGUAUUUAUUUAUGAACUAGAACUGGAUCCCUGAGUCAGCAGGGCCUACCUCGCAUUAUUAAAACCCAAAUUCCUACACUCGUGCAGGUAAUAUGGUCGGUUUGAGAAGUAACCGGUGGACUAAUACUGCACAGCUAAACACUACAUUCUCACAUAACUUCCAAAAGGCUUAGGAGCUUUUAUGUAUGGGAAAUAACAGUGCGAGAAAGUAAAACUAACAACUACAGCAGAGGUCAAAGGACAGAGUAUAAACUGCACAAAACCCACUUAACAACUUUACCGACAAAAUCUCCAAGGGAAUGAUUUCUCACGAUCAUCACCAUCCAAUGUCUACUAAAAACCUCAAUCAAGAGCUCGAGAACUAUAAUCCACUGGGAACUCAUCAAAGAGGGCUAACAGCAAUAACGAAAAACCAGCAAACAAAUAAUUCCAGUAAUAAAAAUAAUAACAGUGGUAUUGGUAGUAACAAAUAAAACGACUAUAUUGGAGUAGAAGAAAAACUUAAUAACAGCAGAACUAGGCAGCAAGGGAAUUUGAGAAUUAGAGCUACUAGUGCUGGAAUGCGAAACUAGCCAAAUAAAUAAGGGCCAUCAUCAAAUAAUGAGAAUGCUGGACUUCCACCAAAGGGAAGCGGAAUAAAUAACCUAUAUAUAAAUUAGACUUAGGAUGCUAUCGACUAGAGAGCACUUAAAGAAACCAAUAUAUUGAAUAUCUAGUAGCAUUAAACUACCAGCAGUGUUGGCAUGAAUGAAAAGAGAAGCUCGAUACCAACAAGUGCUCUAAAUAAAGAAAAUAAUUAUCUGAAUAGAUAUCCCUCAGAGGAUAAGUAUAAUUUGCACAAUCCGAUUCCUCGACCUUCAAUGCCAAAGAAAUCCGAUCUGAUCUUGAAUUAAACUCAGGCAACAACUGCUGCUUCCUCUAUUUUAGCUUAAAAUAACUUUUAAUUAGUAAAUACAAGUGCUACUCUAGAUGCAUAUACCAUCGUUUAUGAGAAGUUCAAACUUAACGAUUAAAUGAAAAAGAAGGCAGUCCAGAGGGAAAUAGCUGUGCUUAAGAAACUAGAUCACCCUCAUGUUAUAAAGCUCUAUGAGUUGAUUGAUACUGCUCGUUAGAUAAAUUUAGUAACUGACUUUGUUAAUGGCAUAUCACUUCAAUAAUUUGUAAAAAACCAUGGUGGUGCCACCAAGAGAAUUAAUGAACCACAGUGCAGGAGAAUGUUUAAGCAAAUAGCAGAGGGCAUUGAUUACUUGCACUCCAAUAAUAUCGCACAUAGGGACAUCAAACUAGAUAAUAUCUUGAUAGAGGAUAAAACUAACUAAAUCAAGGUUAUUGAUUUCGGAUUCUCAGUUAUCUGUAACCCAUCAUAGAAAUUAAAGAUAUUCUGUGGCACACCAUCGUAUAUGGCUCCAGAGAUAGUCUAAAAGAGAGAAUAUGACGGUAGACAAGUAGACAUGUGGGCUUUAGGAGUUCUAUUAUUUGCUAUGCUUACAGGAACUUUUCCAUUUAGAGGUAUUUCAGAGUAGGAUCUCUACUAUAAAAUAUAAAGAGGGUAGUUUAAGGUUCCAGAUAAUGUAUCUAAAGAUGCUCGAAGACUAAUUUAUAGAAUGCUGGAAGUUGAUGCUAAGAGAAGAAUUACUGCAAGAGAACUAGUUAAAGAGUCUUGGGUGAGAUGUUCCGACCUUCCACUGACAAUAUUUGAGAAUGCUGCAACUUAUGCACACAGAGGGUCUUCCCUUGAUAAUAGAGUUAGUAUGGAUACUAAUAAUGCAAGUGGCUAUCACAAUUAGGCUAUUAGUUUUCUGAAACAAAUGGGCUACUCAGGCAGAGAGAUUGAUGAUACCUUGAAAGGAAACGAAACAAAUAAUAUAUAUGAGUAGUAUAGGAAGCAUGUGGACAAGUAACUUAACUUCAGCUCUAAUAGAUGA